AUGCCGUCAACCUUCAACACCUUGGAACGGGAACGUAUGUUCCAAGACCCCCCCAGCAAUCGUUUCGGUGUCCCACAACUUCAAGAAGUUACCAAGCCGCAUAUCGAGUCUUUCAACUGCUUAACUCAAUUCGGUGAUUCCAGCGAAGGUGGUCUUCUCAACAUUGCUGUCAAAGAUAUUGGUACACUCUCGGCAUUCGACGGCAAGCCAAUCGACAUCAACGUCAACGAGAAUGGCGACGCAUUGGGUCACAAGAUCACUUUUUGGGCAGAGGAUCCAAAGAUCUCACAACCCAUGGUCUCUGACAAGGACGUCUAUUCGUUGCAUCGUAAAAUCUACCCGAGUCAUUGUCGUGAGCGUUUGAAGACAUACAGCGGCAAGCUUCAAGUUCGAUUCUGUUGGCGUGUGGAUGAUGGUCCAGUGAAUUCGGAUAUUCGAGAACUUGGUCAACUUCCUGUCAUGGUGCGAUCCAAUCGAUGUAAUCUUAAGGGCCUCUAUCCAAAGCAGCUUAUCGAGCAUCACGAAGAGUCCGAGGAGAUGGGUGGUUAUUUCAUCGUCAAUGGUAUCGAGAAACUUGUUCGUCUAUUGAUUGUCCCACGACGCAAUCAUGUCACCGCCAUCAUCCGUAAUUCAUUCCAAAAUCGUGGUCAUGCUUACUCCCAAUAUGGUUGCGCUAUUCGAUGUGCUCGCCCCGAUCAAACCACUCAAACCAACACUGUGCAUUAUCUCAACGACGGCAAUGCCAUGCUUCGAUUCUCUUGGCGAAAGCAGGAAUACAUGGUCCCUGUUGUCCUCUUCCUUAAGGCAUUGGUGGAUACUUCGGAUAAGGAGAUCUUUGAUGCAUUAUGCCAAGGCGAUUACAAGAAUACAUUUUUGACCGAUCGUAUCGAAUUGCUCUUACGCAGCUUCAAGAUCUAUUCGCUCUAUACUCGUGAUGCUUGCUUGAGCUAUCUCGGCGAGAAGUUCCGCAUCAUUAUGGGCUUGGAUGAUGAUUUGACCGAUAAGCAAGUGGGUGAAGCUGUUCUCGACAAGAUCAUCUUGGUGCAUCUCAACAACAACCGCGACAAGUUCAACAUGCUCAUUUAUAUGAUUCGCAAGCUGUACGCACUUGUCUCUGGUGAAUGUUGCGCUGAUAAUCCCGAUUCUCCUCAACACCAAGAAGUUUUAUUGCCCGGUCAUCUCUACAACAUGAUUAUCAAGGAGAAGAUCCAUGAUUGGCUUCAAGGUGUCAAGGCCCAGUUUAGAACGAAUGUGCGUCUCAAUCCUGAAAAGGUCGAUUUCUUUGAUCGCAACUAUAUCAUGAAUGCUAUGCGACGAGUAAAUCCGGAUGUUGGUCAAAAGUUGGCUUAUUUCUUAGCCACUGGUAACCUCGUAUCCAAGACAGGUCUCGAUUUGCAGCAGGUCAGCGGUUACACAAUCGUUGCUGAAAAGCUCAAUUUCUACCGUUACAUUUCCCACUUCCGAUGUAUCCAUCGUGGUGCUUUCUUUGCUGAAUUGAAGACCACUGCUGUUCGUAAGCUAUUGCCCGAAGCUUGGGGUUUCCUUUGCCCUGUACAUACACCUGAUGGUUCGCCCUGUGGUCUGCUCAACCAUUUGGCACACAAGUGUAAGGUGAUCAACGAACCUUUGGAUGUCAACAGCCUACCCGCCCAUUUGGCAUCGCUUGGUGUAUCACAACCUAUUUUGCAUUCAAUUGGUCGCCCUGGUGAUGUUGCUGUUUUGUUGGAUGGUCGUAUUGUGGGUUGGUGUUCUCCAAAGACAGCUGAAAAGGUUGCCAAGAGUCUCAAGAUUUGGCGUGUCAAUCAACAAAAGCAAGUACCAUUGGAUAUGGAAAUCGCACAUGUACCCGCUAGCUAUGGUGGUGAAUAUCCUGGCUUGUACCUUUUCUCAUCACCUGCUCGUAUGAUGCGUCCCGUCAAGUUCCUUGCUAAUGGCAAAUUGGAUAUGGUUGGCACCUUCGAACAAGUAUACAUGGACAUUGCCUGUAUGGAUGAUGAAGUUGUACCUGGUGUCACUACCCAUCAAGAAUUUACACCCACCAACAUCUUCAGUAUUGUCGCCAACAUGACUCCUUUCUCCGAUUUCAACCAAUCCCCAAGAAACAUGUACCAGUGUCAAAUGGGUAAACAAACAAUGGGUACACCUUCAACCGUUUUCAACCACCGAACAGACAACAAGAUGUAUCGAUUGCAAACCGGUCAAACACCUGUUGUACGCCCUGCAUUGCAUAACGACUACGGCUUCGAUGGCUUCCCUAACGGCACCAAUGCGAUUGUGGCUGUCAUCUCAUACACCGGUUACGAUAUGGAAGAUGCUAUGAUUUUGAACAAGUCAGCACAUGAACGUGGUUUUGGAUAUGGUACUGUGUACAAGAGUGAGAUUGUCGAUCUGGAGGCCAUGCGUGCUCAGGGUGAGACCGUAUCAUAUCACUUUGGCCUUGGUGACAACAACAAGAACAAUAGCAAGUUGCGUAGCUUGCUCGGCAAUGAUGGUCUUCCUCAUAUCGGUGUUCAUUUGAAGGCUGAUGAUCCCAUGUACUGCUACGUUGACCAGGCAACAGGCCGUGGUAUGGUGAAGAAAUACAAGGGUCCCGAGGAUGCUUAUGUGGAUGAAGUACGUGUGCUUGGCAACGAUUCAGGCAAUGGUGAAUUACAAAAGGUGCACAUCAAGCUGCGUAUUACACGUUCUCCUGUCAUUGGUGACAAGUUUUCAUCACGUCACGGUCAAAAGGGUGUGUGCUCACAAAAGUGGCCUGCCAUUGAUAUGCCAUUCACUGAAUCUGGUAUGCAACCUGAUGUCAUUAUCAACCCACACGCUUUCCCAUCUCGUAUGACUAUUGGUAUGUUUGUCGAGAGUCUGGCAGGAAAAGCUGGUGCCUUGCAUGGUAUUUCACAAGAUAGUACACCAUUCAAGUUCAAUGAAAAAUACACUGCAGCAGAUUACUUUGGUGAACAAUUGCUCAAGGCUGGCUACAGUUACCAUGGCAACGAACCAAUGUACUCUGGUAUCACUGGUACCGAAAUGAAGAUGGAUAUCUAUAUUGGCGUCGUCUAUUACCAACGUUUGAGACACAUGGUGAACGACAAGUUCCAAGUGCGUACAACUGGUCCUGUACAUAACCUCACAAUGCAGCCUGUCAAGGGUCGUAAGCGUGCUGGUGGUAUUCGUCUCGGUGAAAUGGAGCGUGAUUCACUGUUAGCACACGGUACCAGUUUCUUAUUGCAGGAUCGAUUAAUGAACUGCUCCGAUUAUUCACAAGCUCAUGUUUGCCGACUAUGUGGCUCACUGGUAUCCCCCAUUUGCACCAAGAUUGUAUCAACAUUGGCCAACAAGCGCACAUUUGAAUGUCGAUCAUGUGGUACUUCAGAUGGCAUCGAGCUCGUUGCUAUCCCUUACGUAUUCAGAUACCUGACCACCGAGCUUAUGAGCUUGGGUAUCAGACUCACCCUUGGUGUCAAUCCAUAG